AUGCGCCGCGUGUCGGUCCCCGCGCGCGAUCUGCGCUUGAACGGCCCGUUGCUGUCUUCCGCCGCCGCGAUUCUUGGCAGGGAGGGGUGCAUGAUGGUGAACCUGGAGCAUGUGAAGGCCAUCGUGUCAGCCCAACAGGUGCGGGAUGAAUUGGAACAUCUACUGGACGACGACAGGGACAUGGCAGGCCUCUACCUCACCUCACACGCUAACUGCCGCCCUUCCUUUGUCUCCCUUCUCUGCUCUUGCCUCUGUAUGCAGGUGCGGGAUGAGCUAGAACAUUUGUUGGACGACGACAGGGACAUGGCAGACCUCUACCUCACGCGCCAGCUGCAAUGGCUCACACUUCCUGCCUCUCCCUCACACUCUCCCUCACACUCUCCCUCACACUCUCCCUCACACUCCCCCUCACACUCCCCCUCGCACUCCCCCUCACACUCCCCCUCGCACUCUCCCUCACACGCUCACGCACACUCCCCCUCACACUCCCCCUCGCACUCUCCCUCACACGCUCACGCACACUCUCCCGCUCACUCUCCCUCGCACUCUCCUCCACACUCUCACCCACGCUCUCUAUCACACUCCCCCGUACACUCUUCCGCACACUCUCCCACACCCUCCCCCCCACUCUUACGCUCUCCCUCACAUUCCCCUCCGCUUUCCUCUUCUCCUCAUAUCCCUCCUGUCCCUUCUCCUGGUUCCCCUCCUGCUGCUGCUGCUGCUGCUGCUGCUGCUGCUGCUGCUGCUGCUGCUGCUGCUGCUGCUGCUGCUGCUGCUCCUUCUUCUCCUCCCUUCUCUCCCGCUGCCGCUGUUGCUGCUGCUGAGCCUGCCUUUCCCCCUGCGUUCCCUCCUGCUUCCGUCUCUAGUCACAGGGGCUCCCUCACACAUUCCCCCACUCACUCCCUCACUCACUCCCUCACCCACUCGCUCCCCCAGUCCCUCACUCACUCGCUCUCCUUCCUCCCUGUCACUGGCCGAAGCUUCCGCAGCUCUGGCAGAGGAGGCGCGUGGGGGGGAAUGGGGGGAACGCCAAGGGGAGCAAUGAGGCGAAUGGGGGGGAUGGGGGGGAUGGGGGAGGGGACGGAGAGCAGUGUGAGUUCGAGUGUGAGCGUGGGAGGAGGGGAGGACGUGGAGGAAUUGGAGAUGCUUUUGGAGGCUUAUUUCACGCAAGUGGACCGACUGCUCAACGACCUCACAGCGCUCCAUGAGUACGUGGACGACACAGAGGACUAUGUCAACACCCAGCUGGACUACCGCAGGAACCAGCUGCAGGGGACGCAGGUGCUGAUAACAGCAACGGGCACUGUGCUUUCAAUGCUCAUUGUGAUCAUAGCAGCCUUCUCAAUGAACCUCCCCAACUUCCUCUUUGAUUCUGAUGGCCACUUCGCCACCGUGCUGCUGCCUUUGCUUGGCUCUGGUGCCGCCCUUCUGGGUGGUUUCGUAUACUACACCUGCCGUUACGGUGACAGCGGCACGGUUGGGGUGCGCGCGAGCAGUGUGGGAGUCGAGCGACGGAUGCAGGCAGAUCGGCUGCUGCAGGCUCAAGUGAACAGUAUGCUCGCGUCACUCGAAAGGAAUGCUGACGUGGCGUCGCUGACUCAGCAGCAGACAACAUGCUCGUGCUACCGCGUCCGCAAUGAUUACUGCUGCUACCAGUACAUCUGCAAGUGCUCGCCCAUGUGCUGGAACGGAUACGAGCCGAUUUCUCUGGGUGAGCCCAAGUGCGCACCAGCAACAGAGCACGCACGUCCCCAACCCGGCCAGCCACCCGUGCUCACGCCUGUGGACUGCUCAGAGCAACAGACCUUCCGCAGCGCUCUCUACAGCGUCUUUCCAGAGACUUCCGGAGGGGGCCUGGGUGUGCGGAGUGCCGGGGGAGGCGGAGGUGGAGAAGGGUGGUUGGGGAGUCGCAGUGGGGUGGACUGGCGGUUUGGGCAGACGAUGCUGCAGAUGUAUAGCCAAAGCGAGGGCAACAUUGCUCACUUCUCUGGAUGCUUGCCCCCCUCACUCUGUCUCUCUGUGUUCCCUGUCCUGUCCCUCCGCUCUCCCCUCCUCACAGAGAAGGCCCUCACGCUUCUCCUGGCCAACAACUUCACGGCGCCAGCAGCGCUGCAAUCCACCGUGAAUCGCCUCAUGCUGCCACGCUCUCGAGAGUUCGUUGAACGGAUUCGAACGAUGGGUGCAGACUCCAUGUUUGCUCGGGUGAUGCAAGCGAUGAUCGAAUUCGCCGUCACGCCGCUGCUCCCCUCUCGCAUGCAUAACUCACUGGAACUCCUCGCUCACAAGACCCUGGGGGACCUGCCAAUGGCGUUCGGGCUGGUAGAAUUCGAGUCCGCAUGGAACGCCGCCACUGAAGACCGCCCCCUCUGCUUCGAAAACCUCCUCCUGCCGGGCAUCCUCAAGGGAAUGGCGUUUCCGUCCCACCCAUCCCAAGCCACCUACCUGGACCGGCACCUGAGGAACAAGCUGGGUUUGAAGCCUCCGGAGAAAAUAGUGUGGGGUGCGGAUGGGGUGAAGGGGUGGCGGCCGCGGGUGCUGUAUAUCACGCGGCUGGGGGCGGAGUUGAAGGGGCGACGGUGCUUUGUGCCUGAGAGCCAUGAGGCACUGCUGAAGCUCAUGGAGAGUUUGGAUUUUCAGGUGACCAUGGUUGAGAUGGGGCGCCUAACAUUCCGGCAGCAGUUCGAAGCCAUUCAAUCCGCCGACAUCAUCAUCUCACUCCACAGCGCGUCCCUCAUGAACGUGCCUCUCUUCGCCCGACGCAACGCCGCCGUGAUUGAAAUCAUGCCCUACAAGGUGGUUCACGAGUUGUACUACUCGCUAAUGCUCAACUCCGGCAUCCCGUAUUUCCUCAAGAUGUGCCGCAAAGGGGACGAGCAGGAGGGCGACGCAGAGUUCAAAGAUCUAAACCAUUUCGAUUGCAUGCACAAACACGCAGCGUGCAAGGAGCAACAUGUUCACCACAGGCGCGUGGAACUCACGGACCGGGAUCUGCAUGAUUUGAAAACGAUGCUGAUGGUGGCAAAGGGUGUGACUGGCGCGAGCUUGGGGGCGUUUGGGAGGGAGAUUCAGCCUAAGGAGCUGCCAAGGUGGGCAGAAGAAAAGUUCAAGGAUGUGUGUGUUGCCCGAGAUGUGGACUGGUCUGGACCGCGGAACGAUUUUUUACGGGUGCCCAAGCCAGUGCUGCGUGUGCCGAAUUUACAAGAUUUGCCACAAGAUUUUGGCAAUCUCGUCUCGCUCAAGACAUUUCGGGUGUUUGGUAUUCGCGCUCUCCACCCACUCCCGACAUCCAUGCAGCGGCUUGUCAAUCUGCGUUGUCUUUCCAUUCGUAAUUGCGGUACGCUUCAAUUUCCAAGCGGUAUUUCCAAGCUUCAACGACUGCAGGUGCUGGAGUUGAGGGAUUGUGAAGAGCUCUUGCCGCCGCCUGAGGAUUUUGGGAAGAUGCCAGCAUUGGAAUGCCUACUCAUCAGGCGUGUGAAGGGGAUCACGGAGCUUCCAGAGACUGUUGGAGAUUUGUCGCGGCUGCAGCAGCUUACCAUUGGCAGCCAAGACAGUUCCUCAUGGUUGCCUAGGACCUCGCCGAAUGUUUCAACUCUCACGAGUCUUUACUUGUGUGUGCGAAGACUUACAGAUCUGCCAGAUGGCAUUGCUGACUGCGAGGUUUUGGAGUUGUCAUACCUUGAACGGCUCAGCCACCUGCCGGAAUUCCUUGGACAUCUGACCAGAUUGCGAGUACUGAGUCUUCAGUGUUGUAAGCGACUUCAGCAGCUACCCAACUCCUUUACCCUGCUAUCUUCCCUCCAAAAACUGGAUGUCCAGUUGUGCUCGGAGCUUACUGUUUUACCAGAGAGCAUAGGGGAUGGCCUGCAUCAUCUUCGUGAGCUGUUUUUGCACCACAUACCUAUCACCUGCCUCCCUGCCUCCUUUUUUCGUCUUUCAUCGCUCGAAAUAGUAGACUUGAAAGGGCUCGAGUGCUUGAGAGGCUGCCUUCCGGAGGGCUUCAACAGCUUCACACACCUUAGAAAUCUCUCUCUAAAUUUCAUCCCUGGCCUCACUUCCCUCCCAGCCUCCCUCUCGCGAUUAGCUCUCACCCUCACCAGCCUGACAAUAGGAUACUGCAGGGAGCUGGAGGCAUUGCCAAGGGAGUUUGGACGGCUGGAAAUGCUGGAGGAUAUCCAUCUUUCAGAUCUAGACACUUUGGAAUCGAUUCCUCAUUCAUUGUUGAAGCUGCCUCGACUGCGGAAGCUGUAUGUGUACAGCUGCAAGAACCUGGGCCGGAGGAGCACCAUGGAUGCCUUGGUUGGGGGGGGGAGCAACUGCAGCAGUGGCAGCAGCAGCAGCAGCAGCAGCAAUCUAAAGGGCGUUGAAGAGGAAGUUCUUCCAUCGCUACGGAGCCUGACCAUUUUGGCAUUUCUGGUGCCGGAAUCAGUGGGUGGACUUUCCAGGCUUACAUCUCUCAGUCUGGACCAACUAAGCAGUUUCCUCCAAUUGCCCGAGUCGAUUGGGCAGUUGAAGAAGCUGAAGGUCUUGAUCAUCACAGGCUGCCCAAAGAUAUCAAAGCUUCCAGAAUCCUUCUCGAAACUGCCUAGCCUACAAUACCUCAAUCUCAUCAACUGCCCGAAGCUGUCAUCCCUUCCACAUGAUUUUGGGAACCUUUUUUCACUCCGAAGGCUUUAUCUCUUUAAACUGACGAAUCUUCGCAGGCUCCCUGGUUCCUUUCGAGACUUGUCUCGGCUGAAGUGGCUGGAAGUGCAUGGCUGUAAGCGGCUAGCUCAACUGCCAUCCUCCCUUACCGAUAUGCCGAUGCUGCAGCAUUGCAAGAUCGUCAGGUGUCCCCGGAUUUCAAGCCAGAAUACUAAGAGAAUCUUUGGCAGGGGAGCAGAUGGAUGGGAUGAUUAG